AUGGCGAGGUCUAGCGGCAGAAGGAAAGCAGCCACGGAAAGUGGCGGCGGUGGCAGCAGCAGCAACAGCAGCAGCGCUAGGAAAGACGCGGCUGAGGCCGCGCCGAGAAAGAUGAGGCUGCGCCGGCGGCCCGCGCUCGCAGACAUCAGCGCCGCCGUUGGCAACAACCAAGGAAGUGGUGCUGCUGCUGGAGCAGGUGCUGGGUCGAAGCCUGGCGCACGGAAAACGCGAAAGCGAAAAGCAUCGGACAGCGGGGUAGCGGCGGCGGCGGCGGCCCAAGAUCCUCCUCCCCGGCCUACCAGCGGCCACCGCCGCCAACAAGCGUCCUCGGCUUCCUCGUCCUCCGCUGCCGGCACCGCCGUUGUCUCCGAAGGCGAAGACGAAGAGGAGGAAGAAGAGGAGCACGACGGCCGGCGGCAGCGGCAAACUCGUGCGCCGCGGCGGGCAAGCCGAGACGCCUCCGCUCCCUCACACGCCGGCAGGAGCAGCAGCAGCAGGAAGGGAAGCGGCGGCAGCGAGGGGUUAGCGGCGGCGGCGGCGGCGGCGGCGGCGGCAACCGCGUCCUUGAUAGCGGAGGCGGCGGCGAGGGAAGCGCGGCUGAAGAGAUGUAAGGUGCCCCCGUCCGAGGUCUCCGAGCACGACGUCGUCGAUAGGGAUGACCCCAUCGCCUGCGCCGAGUACGCGAUGGACAUGUACAAGCGAUACAAGGAGCUAGAGGAGAAGUACACCCCGACCGUGUACAUGCACACGCAGGUCGACAUCAACUGCAAGAUGCGCGCCAUCCUGAUCGACUGGAUCGUGGAGGUGCACCUCAAGUUCAAGCUGGCGGACCCGACGCUGUACCUGACGUGCCACAUCAUCGACCGCUUCUGCAUGCAGGAGAACGUGCACAGAAGCAAGCUGCAGCUGGUCGGGGUCACCGCCCUGCUGAUCGCCUGCAAGUACGAGGAGAUCUUCCCGACCGAGGUUCGGGACUGCGUGUACAUCACUGACCACGCCUAUACGCGAGAGGAAGUGCUGGAGAUGGAGCAAACGAUCCUGCGCCGACUCAAGUUCGAGCUGACGGUGCCGACGCAGUGGACCUUUCUCGUGCGCUUCCUCAAGAUCGCCAAGGCCACCGACCGACAGCACCACCGCGCACAGUACUACCUUGAGCGGUGUCUCCAGGAGCACGAAGCGCUCUCGUUCCGGCCCUCCAUGCUCGCCGCCGCGUCCGUGUUCCUGGCAAGGAUCCCUGACUCCGGAAUCAAAAACGCAUGGCCGGACGCGCUUGCCAAGUUCUGCAACACCCCGCGGGAAGGGCUGGAGUGCUGCGCCCGCCUGAUGAUCAAGUUCCUGCUGGACGAGCCGGUGACGGCCUCCCAGCGGCACCUGGUGGCGGUGAAGAAGAAGUUCCUCGGUGAACGCUUCCUGGCGGUGGCCAUCGACGACCUGCCCACGCUUCCCCGCAAGCCCAACAUCGCGAGCAAUUGA